AUGACCGAACGCCCUUCCACCUAUUACAUACAUCAAUCCCUUACUCUUAUCUAUAUACGGGAUAACACUGCUGAGGCCACCGGCGAGAUAGAUGGAGGAUCCGUGGGAGGCGACGGCGGCGGCACCGAUUGGGGUACCAGGGGGAAGGGGGGGGAGAGAUGUCCAGGUGUUGAUUUUGGGGGAGUAGGAGAAGCAGGCGUGGGAGGCGAGCCAGGUGGUGGAGGAGUUGGAGGGGGAGGGGGUGUGGGUGAGGAGGGAGUAGCGUUGCAUGAGGGUGGUAGUUGGGAAGGGGUUGUUGGGGUCUGUGCUGGGGAUUAUGCCGCCGAGGAUGUAGAUGUGAGGGGGGAGGUAGAGGGUGGUGUGUUCUUGGCGUGGGUGGAGGGGGAUGGGGGGAAGAGGGUACCAGGUGCCGGGGUUGUGGGUGAGGUUGGUGGUGUUGUUGGUGUUGAGGGAGGGGUAGGGGAAAGAUUGGUGGAUUGGAGUGCUGAGCGUGGGAGAUAUGAGGUUGAAGAUGUGACCGAGAUUUCAAAGGUGCUUGCCGUGGGGUUCUCGAGUUCAGGGGUGAAGAUGUUGGCGAGGUUGGAAUUUGGAGAGCAUGUUGCCCAGUAUCGAUCAUUUUUGGGUAGUUUGGGAGUUUUUCUGAAGAUUAUUCUUCCGCCUGUAUCGAGAGAGAUAUGGGGUGGGAGUAGUUGUUUUCAGACGCGGGAGCGAAUAUCAUUCGUGCCGACGAGGAGAGUGCCAGUUGCAAAGCUUGAAUCGGAGAAGGUGAUGGCUAUGGUGUCGACAUUAUUUGCAAUGAGUGGCCGUGUGGUUGAUAAUAAGGAAGAAUCUCUUCAGUCAAAGGAUCUGCUUGGUAACCAGAACCUAUCUGCAUCUCGGUACAGUGUAUUCAUUGGAGUGUUUGAAGCAAACAAUGAUGGUGCAAAUGACAAUAAAGAUGAUGACAAUGAGCAUGAUGACAAACUGAUUGAACGUAUCUAUACCCUACCUGUAUUUAUUUUUCAGGGUAGAGAUCCUCCUCAAAUAGAUCUAAGUGUCUCGAGCAGUCUAGACACAUAUUGA